AGACGCUCCGUUCACGCAGCGGCAGAAGAGACGGAGGCUGCAGUGGGACCGUGAAAGCGGGUGCGCAUGCGCACUCGGUGGGUUUCCCUAUUUCGCCUCGGAGGCCUUGCCGGUGUUGCUGUCAGUGGAACAGCUAUGGAAAACAAAGAAAGCAGUAUUGGAGAUGCAGCAGAAGGUGAAUGCAGCGUCCAGCAGCAAGCGGAUGAAGAACUUCUUUUUCAGGAAGAAAACAUUGAUCUUGGAGGAGAUGAGUUUGGGUCUGAGGAAAAUGAGACUGCUGUGGAGGAUUCUAGUCCCUUCUUAGAUAAACUGAAUGAACAGAUGAUGGAAAGUGUCAUUAUAUCAGAUUCCCCAAAUAAUAGUGAAGAUGAUACCGGUGAUCUUGGUUGUCUGCAAGAAAUUGUAAAGCAACUGGAAGAAAAGGAUGUUCUCGUAACAGAAGGAGAGACAAGAAACAAGGCUGUUGGUGAUGAGGAUGACACUGAACCCGAAGGCACUCCUAAAGCUAUUUCUAAUAGUGGAAGUGAUAAUCAAUUCACUUUAAAAGAAGACUUGAUUCAGGAACCUGCACAAGAUGAAUUGGAAGUGAAAGGUGAAGGUCCUAAUUCUGUUGCCAACAGUGAAGGCAAAACUGAGGAGACAACAUCCUCGCCACUUGCCAGCACAUCACCUGUCGGCACUGAGCCUAUUCCUGUGUGUACUAUCUUCAGCCAAGGGAAUCAUAUGAACGGCCAGCAACAAUUCUUGCAUGAUGGCUUUGAGCCUCAAAUGGUGAAGUCACCUAGCUUUGGUGGUAUAAGCGAGACUCCGGUGAAAACUCAUCCCCAGGUGGUUCAGCCUAGUCCAAGUCUAAGCAAGUUUUUUGGUGAAGCCAUUAAUACCAAUACACUAGCUUCUGAUUUCUUUGAUUCAUUUACCACAUCCUCUUUCAUUUCCGUCAGUAACCCUAAUGCAAGCUCAUCUGUACCAGAACAAAUGUCUUCUCUUGCAACAACUGUAGAUUCCCAUGACUCUGCUGACCUUAAAUGCUCUGCUAAAAGUGGAAGAUCUGAAGCUGGAAGAUCUGCAUCUUCUCCAGAAAUAUCACAGUCUCCAAAGCCAUUUUCCCAGAUACAAGCCGUUUUUCAAGGCAGUGAUGAUCCUUUUGCAUCUGUGCUGAAUAUGAGUGAAGUGGACAGAAGACAUGAUGCUUGGCUUCCCAGUGACAUAACUAGAAAUGUGUUGAUUUCUGUAGCCACGCAGCAGUAUAGUAAUGUUUUCAUAGACAAAGAGAAUCUCACAAUGCCGGGAUUAAAAUUUGACAACAUUCAGGGCGAUGCCGUUAAGGACUUAAUGCUCCGCUUCCUCGGUGAACAGGCUGCAGGGAAAAGACAAGUUCUAAAUGCCAACUCUGCGGAGCAGUCAUUUGUAGGCUUGAAGCAGCUGAUAAGCAGCAAAAACUGGAGAGCAGCGGUUGACUUAUGUGGACGACUUCUGACUGCCCAUGGUCAAGGCUAUGGCAAAAAUGGCCUGCCCACAAAUCAUACCACAGAUUCCCUCGAGCUUUGGUUCGUAAGACUGGCUCUUCUGAUGAAACUGGGUCUUUUCCAAAACGCUGAAAUGGAGUUUGAACCAUUUGGAAACCUAGACCAGCCUGAUCUAUAUUAUGAAUAUUACCCUAAUGUAUAUCCUGGACGCAAAGGUUCCAUGGUUCCUUUUUCCAUGAGAAUUUUGCAUGCUGAACUUCAGCAGUAUCUAGGAAAUCCUCAGGAGUCACUCGAUAGACUGCACAGUAUGAAAACAAUCUGCACAAAGAUAUUAGACAACCUGGAACGUGGUUUAGCGGAAGAUGGAAGCAUGACUAACAUUACCCAGGAGAACAGACAAGCCUCUAUUCAGCUGUGGAGGUCACGUCUGGGCCGGGUGAUGUACUCCACUGCAAACUGUCUACUAAUGAUGAAGGACUAUGUGCUUGCUGUGGAGACAUAUCACAUGGUCAUCAAAUAUUACCCAGAGCAAGAGCCACAGCUGUUGAGUGGAAUUGGAAGGAUUUUCCUGCAGAUUGGAGACAUUAAGAUGGCUGAAAAGUAUUUUCAAGACGUUGAGAAAGUGACACAGAAAUGGGAUGGACUGAAGAACCAAAUUAUGGUUUUAAUGAACAGAGCGUUUCUGCAUCUUGGCCAGAAUAACUUUGCAGAAGCCCACAAAUUCUUCACAGAAGUUUUGAAGAUUGACCCAUCAAAUGCUGUGGCUAACAACAAUGCUGCUGUUUGUCUGCUUUAUCUGGGGAAGCUGAAGGAUUCCCUCCGGCAGUUGGAAGGGAUGGUUCAGCAGGACCCUAAACACUACCUCCACGAGAGCGUGCUUUUCAAUUUGACAACUAUGUAUGAACUCGAGUCUUCUCGCAGCAUGCAGAAGAAACAGGCUCUGCUUGAGGCGGUGGCUGUCAAAGAGGGCGACAGCUUCAACACACAGUGUCUCAAGUUAGGAUGAGGCUGUCCUGUUCUACUUGGGAGGGAAGAGUCUCGUUUCAGAAGUUGUACAUACUCCUGCUAAUCUGUAAAUGUUCCUCUAGCUGCAAGUGCAAUAAAAAGCUUUUUUAAUUAUGA